AAGGCUCAAAUUUCCAACAGCCAUUGUCUGUAAACAGUAAUUUCUAGACUGCUUGGUUAAUAACCGGGAAAUUUAACAUAAAAUAAACAUGAAUUAGGGUGUAAUUAUUUCACAUUACUCUCUAUAUUGCGGCCUGCCACACUAAAAGCACGCUUAAUGGUUAUGCGUCUGUGCAGGAACAUACUAUAUUCCAGCUGAAGUUAAAGCUCUAGCUCAGUUAGACUGUAGGCGUCUUACUCUGGUGCCAUUCACUGUGUUGAGGCGUAUUGUUCUCACCAAACAGGCUCUCUGAAAGAAUGGCACAGCCAUGGCAACCAACAUCAACUCAGAGUCGCAGUCUUUUUCCAUCAGGCCACUGUGACUCAGACAUAUGAGAAAAACAGAGUUGCUACAGUGGUUGUCAAUCGUAUCUACUAGAAAAAUGCGUAUCGUGCAGAAUUUCUGAGGGUUGUAAGGAAUAAAACUGAAGUCAGCGAUGGCCACACAAAAACAACCACUCACAAAACAGCUGAGACCAACCUCUCGCAUUGGCCCGGAUCUCCGAGCUGUUUUACUACGUCUCAAGAACGGUCACAGCACUAAACACUCACAAGCCUUCCCACAGCGAGGGGAACUUCCUACUGUUGCAGGUUUAUUGCUUUAUCCAGAUAAGAAAGAGAAAAUGGUAACAACUUCAGCGAUAGCUUUUGGCCCUAAAACUUGCGCCAGGGUUGAGCCAAAGAAGGUGCUACAGUGCAAUCUGAUUCUGGAAGGGGACAGAAGCUUCAUAACAACACAUAGAGAGGCUUUUCCAUCUCAGCCUGUAGAUGGUGCUCUACUGACGAUGAAGAGAACAGCCUCGGUAAAAGAGAAGACUCUCAAAGCACAAACGCCACACUUUCAAACAAACUACCAGAAGAAUUUUAGCCCACCGCAGGGCAUUUUCAUGAGAAGACUUCAAGUCCUUCCCUGCCCUGAUAACCUCGCCGUCAACCCAGCACUAAGGGCUGAGUUCAGGACAGUCCAAAUGGAGACCUAUCCAGGCUGGAACAUCCCUCUACAUUCCCGAUUCUUUCCUACUCAAUUUAAAGAGCAUGCAUCACUUAAAGAGGGGGAAGUGCUCAGGCCAAGUGCUGCCACCACCAAGAAGGCUUCCAGCUUCAUCUCUCCAGUCAGCGUUUGAGGCUCCUCUGAAAGUGCCCAUGCAGAAGCACUGAAGAACUCUGGCCCCACAGAAGGAAGAGAAAACGUCACAUGUCUGCAGUGAAUGACAUUUCACCCUGCUGAUUUGCAAAAAAUGUUAUCAGACAUACAGUCAUUCAGACAAUAAUUCAUUCAUUAGACCCAUGUGAAUGUGCAGGAUGUGACUUCAUAGUCACUCGCUCUCUAAAAAAAAGACAUUUGACAUGAUACUUUAAG